AUGGAAGGGAAACUGGUGCCCUAUGUGACUAAGCUUUUUGAGAGGAUUGAGAGGGCUGCAAGGCACUGUAUAGUGCAGGUUUCAAGGGGAGACUCCUAUGAGGUUGAGCUAAAUGGGGAUACAGUGCUAGUUGACAUAGGUCAGAUGACUUGCACAUGUUACCAUUGGCAGUUAACUAGAAUUCCAUGUGUACAUGGGUUUGCAUGCAUAUUGGACAAGAGGGUGGACCCAGAAGACUUUGUGGAUGUGCAUUACAUAAGGCAGAAAUAUCUGUAUGCAUAUGAGGAACUUGUGAAGCCUAUGCCUGGACCUAAGCAUUGGGAGAAGCAUCAUUUCACAGAGCCCCUGCCUCCAGCAGUAAGAGUUAUGCCGGGGAGGCCAAAGUUAAAGAAAAGAAAGCUGGAGAGAGGUGAGGGAGCACCUGAGAGCAGUGGCAGACAUCCAAAACCACAGAAAAGACAGAAGAGGUGUGGCAACUGUGGAUAG